GGAAGGUAUGGCGGCGGUGGGGGCCGGGCGCGGAGGGGGCGGGAAAUUCGACGGCUCGGUCGAGAGUUCGAGGUCGUCCAGAUUCAGCCACCCUUCUUUCGGGCCCAGCGAUUCCAGAGCUUUGGAGAUUUUGCGGUUCUGGUUAGGGUCUGAGUCUUUGCAGUACUCGCCUUGGAUGCUCUUCGUGUGCCUUUCCCAGGUGCGCGAGUCGUCCGACUCGCUCGCGGUCGCGGUCGCGUCGAGGAUCGGAAGCUCUUCGUCGAAAUUCGAUGGAUUUGUGGAUCUAUGGGUUUGGUCGUCCGUCGCGUUUUCUGUUGCUUGUUGUGGGCGGUCGGCGCUCUGGUUCGCUGGCGGAUUAUUCCCCGACAGUUCAUCGAGAAUGUCGUAUAUCAAAUCCAUGACGGACGGAAUGUCGUGCCUCUCGAUGGGCGAGUGUCGAAUUUACUUCCUGCAGUUCUAGGUUUUCAUGCGCAGUCGAUUUCUUUCACAGACCACAUUCACACUCGCGGAGUGUCUGAAUUUUCCGAUUUCUCGACCAAGAUCCAUGGGCGGAUGAAAAUGGGAAAGGCACGACGGAAUCAGUCACCAAACCUGUUUUCGGAUCGGCAAAUCACAACCCGAAGGCUUAUUCGAUCGGCUUUUAAAGAAAUCAGAAAACAAUCAGUGCCGCUAGACCAAUGUGAAAGCGAUGAAGACCUGGAGCGAAUCCACCCAUCCACCGGUACAAAAUGACGAGAAAACGCCGUGAAGUGGAGCACUGAAGGAACGAAAUUCUACAUGACGACCAAUUCAUCUCGCUCUCGACAGAAUCGAAUCAAGAAAUGGCAUGCCGCUGGCUCGAGGUGCUUCCUUGACAAGUGAGGAAAAUCCCCCUUGUGGAGCCAAGCUUCUGGAUUUGCCACGAGCAGUCACAAGCUCCGACCGCCGCACGCAUGUCCGUGUCAGACGGGAAUAAUUCCCGUCUGACACGGACAUGCUUCUAGAGCUCGCCAUCGCCGACGAGUUUUUCUCGUUAGAAAAACGUCCCCAGUAUUUUCACCUGGAGUGACCCUUCCCAUGCUGCCGUACUCGAUCCACGCCCGCAAACCUCGCACAUCCCUUCCGAAGGCGAGGUGGAAAUCAUCCAAAUGCCAUGAUCGAGGAUUUGGGCCCGGACCGGAGCUGCUGCCCUUUCCUCAAGUUCGCGCAGUAAUUGCUUCGGGUGAUGUCGAUCCAACCCGACUCGUCUCGUCGCUGGGUGCAGGACUGGAACAUUGGAGAGCCUCAGGCUUCUUGAGAGCACACGUCCAACCACAGAUCGGGUCAGGUAAUAGUUUCCCUCACUUCCUGCGCUAGAUUUGUGGUUAAGUGCGGGUCUCAGAGAUGGUGGGGUCUGAAGGAACUUCCUCUCAGCUGUGUCGUCAGCAGUGUCCCUCUUGAGUACAGAGUAGAUGGUUUGCCAUAGUCUGUCUGAUCGGGACCCACCAUCAAAGGACGUCUUCCUCGUACUUUUGGAAACACAGCGAGUUUGUAAGUUUCUACACAGGAGGACACGCGCACAGGGUUGAGAAGCGGCAGAAUUUGUGAAUCUCUGAAUCACAUCGUGGCAGGUUGGGCUUGGGAUAAUGAAAUUUAAUCUUUCAGUCGCAAAGUGCGAUUUUGUCCGACUCGAGGUGUGCUGUCUGACAUCGGACAAUCAUAUUUCUUAAGCAUGAAUGUGAGGUGGUGAACCUCUUCCAAACCACACUCGACGAGAGGUAGGGAGCCAAAAAGUUCCGGAAAUAAAUCGCACCGACCUCGAGUGUAACCACAUAGGCAAGCACGGCAUUGAUGGUUGCGUGUGUCUCCAGGAAGCGCGCAAAGACAUCAUGUGAAUGCAAGUGACGCAGUGAACCUUUCGCCGAAAAGACAGAUUUUGCCAACCCGAAAGGUUUCGUAUUCUACUCGGAAAUUCAAUUGCACGUGGUUCUCGAAUAUGAUUUAGAGAGUGAGUACAUCUCAUUCUUGCACGUAAGCUUUGGACGGUCAUGUUACGAGUCACGGCAUGCAAGCAGCAGCAGCAGCAGCAGCUACUAUGGGCCGUGAAAAGUUUGCUUUCACAUGCAUGCAGAGAUUAUACUCGUCACUGGACGUUCGCUGGGAGAGUGGAGGCGGAGGGUAGUAGCUCAGAGCGAGUUCUUCUUGGGCUUGGAGAAGCUCAUCUGAUAUGAUCAGAUAGAAUCGGGAUCCGAGAGGGGCAGCGAGGCGAGUUCAUAGUCGAGGAAUUUCCGAGCUGAAGCAAUGUGAUAUGAAACGGCAGCGAGUCUCAGAGAUGGAUAAAGCCGCAGACGGAUUCGAAGCUGCAGAUAGAAACUCCUCAGCUGGUCAUCAGCUGCCCCUUUCGUGUCCUGAAUCGGGAUGCUGAAUUCGGAUCUCGGCUAAAAAGCAAUGCAGGUCGUGCAGUGGAACGAGCUUCAUCAGAAGUUUUAUAGCUAGCUCGCGCUUGUGGAGAGUUCCUGGGCAAAGAAGGCACGGGGCAAGGAAGAUCCACCUGCGAGUUCUCUCUAAUGCGAUGCAGACUUUCGGGGAUGGCCCGGGAGAUCUCGACGAGGCAGAUGGUGGCUAUCACGGAGGUCUUGAAUUUGGUGAAAAAGUGACGAGAUUGAGGUGCCUGAGGAACAUUAACACAGCGAAUUUGGACAGGUUCUUCUCCGACAGUCCACGUUCCUCACACAACUUUCUGACUCGGCCAAAGCACGAACCUUUGGGCCAACGACGGAAAAGGAGAAGGGUCAACUCAAAGGCCCCUGUGAGUGCAUUGCAGAGGCUUUUUCACGGAGCUCAAACUAAUUUAAUGCUUACGAGUAAAUUUGGAAUUGUUUCAUGCUUCUAGCCUAAUCCGAUCUUUCGCUGCUGAUCCGAAAGUGCUUUUGCUUCUACGGUUGCAAUUAGAGUGAGUUUGGCUUGUCCUGCUAAGGGCUAAACAUGGAACGCAUGCGGUUUAUUCUUUGGUCUUUCGAGAUAUCCCGAGACAUUCCGUCUCCUCUUCCUGCACCCAAAGUUGCUGACAAGACCAGAGUACCCGAAGCAUUUGGGUUGCAGAAAUCACGAUCUGGAAGACUUCUUGUGCCUCGCUUAGCAACUUGGCGAAAUCAGUCGAUCAAGUAUGAUAUGGAUGGUGGUAUCAUCGCAAUCUCUGAAGGAUUCGAGGAGGCAGAAGGGGAGUCUUGCACAGGUUGCUACAAUUUCAAAACCCCUUCACAUGGGGACGCAAGAGUUAUGCAGAGGAAGUUUCUCGUCGCCGCAGAUAUGGCCGCAGAUCUUGUCAGGAUGUAGACAAGAGUUGACGUAAUUAAAGGUCACGAGUGGACCUGAACUGAAUCUAGAGGAUCACGCUCUAGGAUCGAUGCCUGCUAGUCAUUGUUGCUCGAUGUUGUUGUUUGCACGAGAUUUCUUCCAUACUUUGCAAUGCCCAAUCCUCCUCCGUUGAAUCGCAGCAACAGAUGGAAACUGUGGGCGUGUACAGGUUUGUACACCUCAGUGCCUUGUUGAACUUGGAGAACUGCAGGAUGUUGACCGACAUAUCGCGUGCUCUCCUCGUUGGAUCUAAUUUGGAUUCACACACAAAGUAAAACUUAAAUAUUCCGAGUCU